ACUGUCACCUCUCUCCGCAAUAUCCUUUUCAAAAGUCUCUCUCUGCUGCGCUCUCUUCUCUUGCAAUCGCUACUCCAACUCCAAGCAACAAUUCAAUGUCGCCAGCGGCCGCUAAGUGCAGCAAAAUCCGACACAUUGUCCGAAUCCGUCACAUGCUUCUCCGGUGGCGCAGGAAGGCGCGCAUAACGGCUGUUCGAACGCCGUCCGAUGUGCCGGCGGGGCACGUGGCCGUCUGUGUGGGGCCCAGCUGCCGGAGGUUUAUCGUGCGAGCGACCUACCUGAACCACCCGGUCUUCAACAAGCUUCUGGCUCAAGCCGAAGAGGAGUACGGGUUUUGCAAUGAAGGUCCCCUCACGAUCCCUUGCGACGAGUCGAUGUUUGAGGAGGUCCUCCGGGUCGUGUCCCGGUCUGAGUCGGGUCGCUCGUUCCGCUUCUUGAACCUCGAUGAUCUCCAGAGGCGCUGCCACGUGGACGUCCGAAUUAACACUGACUUGGCGGGAGAAUCCUGGCCCUUGCUUCAUGAGGAGCCCAUCUGUUAGAGUUAGAGCUAACCUUGUGAAUUCGAAAUGGCUCGGGUCGGGAUUUGAGAAUCCGACAGAGCAUGACUGACUUUUUUUUUUUUGGGGGGUAAUUUUUGUAUGACCGAUAUAUUUAUUUAUUUUUCAUCGUUCUGGUGAGUUGGUUCAAGAAUCAAGAUAUUUAGUAGUCAGUAGAGUCGGAAGCUGGUUGGGAAAACGAACCGAGUCAUCCCGAGUCGAAACGAGUUGAAGCGGGUGGAUCUCCGUUGAUCUGUAUUGUAAAUUAUGCUAAUUGGUGGCGUCGAUUUGAAUGGAAUAUUAUUAA